GUUUAAUUCCAGUUCGCUUCUAACUGGUCACGAUGAUACAAAUAAACAGAUUGAAACACCAACGUUCAAGGAUCACUUUCCCCUCCUUCUCCCUCCUUCCUGGCAUACUCUUUUAUAAUCAUGCCAUCCUCGUCAGAAACUCGGGACCACAAGUCGGAAUUAGCUAGCCCCGAUGGGUCUCUGGAGCAGGAGCAGAUUACUGAAGAAGGUUUCAAGGCAUGGUGUACGGUGAUUGGAGGUUUUUUUGCGAUCACAGCAGUCUUUGGGUAUCAGAACGCAUUCGGGGUCUACCAAGACGUGUAUGUCCGUUCGGGCGCAGCUUCUGCACAAGCUGUGAGCUGGAUAGGGUCAACUCAGAUCGCACUCAUGGUCGCGCUCGGUCUUCCGGCUGGGAAGCUUUUGGAUCUUGGAUACUUCAAAGCGAUGACCAUUAUAGGAUCUAUAAUAUAUGUGUUUUCGAUAUUCAUGCUAUCUAUCGCUCACACCGACAAGUAUUAUCAACUCUUCCUUUCUCAAGGUCUAGCAGCGGGUAUCGGUGCUGGGCUCGUAUACGUACCUGUCUUAGGUGUGCAGACUCAUCACUGGCGACGACGAUCAAGGCCUGUAGCAUUGGGUAUCGUGAUAACGGGAUCUUCUGUCGGAGGAAUCAUUUUCCCAAUCAUGUUGAACAACCUUAUCGCGAACCCAAACGUUGGUUUUGCUUGGGCAGUGCGAGCUUCUGCGUUCGUGUGCCUAGGGUUGUUGGUCAUUGCUAACAUUUUGAUGACCACGAAUCCUCCGCCUAAAAAUCGGAAGAAAACUUUGACCAAAUUCAAUGUACUCUUCACGGACGUUCCAUACAUUUUAGGAGUUAUUGGCGCGGCAGUUUCAGACUGGGGUCUCUUCUUUCCUUAUUUUUACUUGCAACUAUUCGCAAUCGAUAAAGGCGCAAAUCCCACAUUCUCGUUUUACUUGCUUGCCAUUCUCAACGGAUCCUCCAUUCCCGGUCGAAUCAUACCCAACAUUCUUAGUCAUAAAUUUGGUGUCUUCAACACCGUUGCCUUCUGUACUCUCGCAUGCAGUGUACUUACGUUUGGCCUUCUCGGUGUGGGUAAUUCAGUUGCUGCGCUUGUCAUCUUUGCCAUCCUUUAUGGAUUUUUCUCUGGUGGAUUUAUUUCCCUUUUAGCACCAGUCGUUGCUUCGUUAGUCCAAGACGAAAGCGAAAUUGGUAUUCGUCUGGGUCUUGCAUACUGUAUUAGCUCACUGGGGAUCUUGACUGGGAACCCCAUCGCUGGCGCUCUGUUGGGAACGACAUUUCCUUGGUGGCGAGCUAUUCUAUUCAGCGCGGUAAUGUUGCUUGUUGGACUGGUACUUAUUCUCGUAGCACGCACAGUUCGUGCUUCUCAAAAACAGACUCAAAGGGUAUGAGUGUUAAAACGUUAACAUUUAUGUAAAUAUUGUACACCACAAAAGACCACAAACUGUAAGAUAAUGC